AUGGCUCUUCUCAACGACCUCCUAAACCUCGACCUCGCCGACUCCACGGAGGAGAUCAUCGCCGAGUACAUAUGGUACCGUCUCCGAAUCUCCUUUUCCCUUCUCAGUUCUCCACCCUUGCUCGUGGUGUGGCUUCUUGAUCCUUCUUUGAUCUCCGUCGUCGGAUUUCUCUGCUCUACGUCCGUCUUCUAUCUCCAUCAGUGAAUUAUAUUCUCGUAUUCCUGUGCCGUGAGCCGUGUGUUGUGGCGGUUGAUUGCUGUUAUCUCGCUGGACCAGGGAUAGCGAGAAUGUGAGAAGCAAAGCAAGGGUGAGCAUCUCCAAGUUCUGA